UGGAUUCAAUUUCGAGGGGUGCACACUCAUUUUCGCAGCUUUCCUCUCGCAGCCCCCCCCCCCGCGCCGGCCGCCGCUGCGUGCUGCUGCUUGCUGGCUUGCUGCCUGUCUGCCUCAACCUUGCUUUUGGACAUUACAAUCUCACAUCGUCUCAUCUUCAUUCCACAUCUCAAUAACCUGUUCAGAUACACUCUCUCUUGGGUGAUACCGGCGUCAACUUCCCACACGUACACACACUCUCUCUCUCUGUCUCACACACAACCACACAAAAACACUCAAGACUCUCUCGUCUGAAUCCUACGCUCGGCUUUCGGUUCCCCAACAAGCAAAAAUUCAAGGAUGAAUCCUCCUGCCGGACCCGGAGGACCAGCUCAACAGUCAAGCACGAGUGUGCUGUCGUCCACCUCUACGUCGACUACCUCUUCCACCUCUACCACCCUUUCCUCAACUUCUACUACGUCCACCUCCUCUUCGACUUCAACAUCCACUACCUCCUCAACAUCCUCCACUUCCACAUCCUCGUCUUUAUCCUCCUCAUUCAUUCCGUCCUCCUCGUCUUCGUCGUCAUCCUCAACAUCGAGCUCUGCCUCAUCGAGCAUCACAAGCUCUUCAGCAGUCUCUUCAUCUUCUUCGUCCGCCUCAUCCUCAUCCUCUAGCUCUGCAUCUUCAUCUUCGACCUCCUUCAUCGCAUCGAGCACGUCAUCAUCAACCUUCUCAUCAAGUGCAUACUCAUCUUCAUCGACAAUCUCGUCAUCUUCUUCGGCUUCUUCCGCAUCUUCUACCCGAAACGCCGAUCACGGCGGAAAGGCCAGUUCACAUACGGACAUUGGAGCUAUCGUCGGCGGAGUCGUGGGCGGUGUCGCCGCUUUGGCUCUCCUUGGGCUCCUCCUUUUUUUCCUGCUCCGUCGCAAGAGGAGAGAGGAUGCAUUUGACGAAAAGACGUUUGCUCCUGCCAACCGGCAUUCUGUCAACGAUCCCAUCGAUCUCAUCGAACCCUCGGUUCCUAAUGUCGGAAGUCCCAUUGCCCCGUCUGGGCCUCGAGUAGACCCAUUCCCAUAUGGAGCGGCCGCCGCAGGUGCCGGUGCUGCUGGUCUUGGAGCCGCUGCUGCUGCACACCAUCACGGUCAUGGAUCGCCGGAGCAGAAUUACGACCCAUACUCGGCUCAGCACCCCGCUUCCAUGCAAUUCCCAGAUGCCAGGAAUUACAUGACAAACCCAAACUACGGCUACGGAGGCGGAGGCGGGCAAGAUGGUGGAUAUGGGGUGGCUGCGGGAAUGGCAGGUGGCGGAGCCGCUGCGGGAUACGCAGCGCAUCAAGGUUACGAUUCUCGUGACCCAUACGCGCAGUCGAACCCUUCCAACUAUUCUAGAUCGACAUCCGCCAUGUCACCUGGAGGAGCUCAAGGCAGUGCCUCGGCUGUGCCUCCUCUGGUCGGUGCAGCGGGUAUGAGCCAAUCUGCUAUUGCCAAGCAACGCGAGGCAGCGGCGGAACGGGCAAGAGGGAGACCUUCGAACGGAUACGAGGACUCAGACGGAGCUGGUCGUGCACCCCAACGAAACAGCGCCGAUGGAUCACAGGAUGAUGGAAACGUCAGGAGAUCGUCGAGCGGUGGAGUGUACCAACACACUGAUUAUGGAAGUGUACCAGAGGACGAAGGGGAGCAGGAGGGUGAUGGACCCACCGAGAUUCCACCAGGGUAUCACUCGAUCAGACGAUAGAACUUGAUCACGCGACGGUCAAUUUCGGUGGAUCCGAUCGUAUUCAGACCCGAGCUGGUUUCUGGGAUUUGGCAAACAGACUGACGGGCCUGGAUGGCAAGUCUGCAUGGGUUUGGGAUUCGAUUCAUAUAAUUACAUGCUCCUUUUCGAGCCAUCAAAGGCGUCUCGCAGCUCAUACACGGUCUGCGCGCUUUCAAAAGUAUAGAUAGCGUCGUGCAUUCUACUGGCUGGCUCUUGCAUGUAAUGCGUGAAAUUCA